AUGAGCAAGCUUCUUCAACUCCAUACACUUCGUUUGAAUCAUUGUGAUGGGAUACAAGAGUUGCCGGAGCUCCCCAUAAGUUUGACCACUCUACAGCUGAGAUCUACAUCGUUGCCGACUGUCCCUAACCUCUCAUUCCUUACUAAUCUAGUUGAACUGGCCCUAGCUGAUGGCUCUAAAUCUAUGGCCAGAUUAGAUGGAAUUCAAACUUGCGACUUGCAUUGGAUUGGGAGUUUAUCCAAAUUGAGCAAGCUGCAAUUUGGCUUUUCAAAUGUCCGUGCACCAACUACAGAGUUGGGUUCCCUUUCUCAGCUGAAAGAACUUACUCUACAUGGAGUAGAUGUGCCAACUUUUAGACAACUUCCGUCAAAGUUGAUAAUUCUAGAGCUCUAUGACACUCGAGGGAAACAAGUACGGCUUCCUCCAUCGGAGAAGGAGACUGUAUUCGUUUCAUCAAGUUCGAGACAAUCAGGAGAAAACAAGGCGUUACAGCAACUUGAACUUGAAUUUCCCGAAGACUAUGGAUCGUUAGAGAGGUUGGUUUGUCUGCGGGAGGAGCCGGGGUGCAUUGAGGUACAAGCUCUCGAGUUGAUUGAUCAUUGGAGGGGAGCCUUCCAUUUCCCAAGCUCCCUACAGAAGCUUCAAAAAUUCGUUCUGUGGGGGUGCCCAGGGCUACAGGAUAUUCAAUUUGUUUUUACGUUGGAAUUAUUGUUAGUAUUUUCCGUUGGAAGGUGCACUUCAUUAAAAAGGUUAGGCGAUUUGUCAAACUUGAAGAACUUGAUGGAGUUAACUCUUAAGCGGUGCCCGAGCCUGCAAGUUGUCGAGGGCAUCGAUGAAUUAGAGUUUUUGGAUCAGUUGAAAAUUGAUGGGUGCAGAUCACUGGAAAGGAUUUUGGACGCAUCGAGCUCAAAAAUACCUAAUGGGAGCCAGAUAAACAUAAAAGAUUGUGAGAAGUUACCCAACACUAGUCCAGAUCUUCAUUUCGAAAAUUGGGAGUCUUACAGAGAGAAGAUUCUGAAUGGAACAAAGCAAGCGCCAGACUCCGAAACAGAAACAAUGGACUCCGAAACAGAAACAGGGGAUCCCCUGCAGAAAACGGUUCUGUUGUCCGCGAGCUUCAAGUCCGUCUUCGCGAGCUUCAAGUUCGAUGUCCGUGAGCUUCAAGUCCUUCUUCACUGCCACUUUUCGCUCGCCUGCUCAUGUUCUUCUUCAGUGCCGAUCAGCUGGAGGAAUUUGGUGCUACAUGAGGCUCCGAUGGUUGCACUCAUUAACUCCAUCAGUGGCGAAAGGCAUGGGCCUGAACUCAAGCUCUGGAAUCACCAGCUAACCGCUGAAGAACAGGCACGGAUGGUGUGGCAGUUGGUGUUUAGUUGA